CCAUAUGGACGUAGGAAUGUGAAUUUAAAAGCUGACAUUCCAACCCGGCCACAUAGCUGUUUGUAACAGUUGAAAGAAAAUUUUGGCUGAUGGGAGGAAGUGAUGAAGAUGAGGAAUGUAAUAUCUUUGUCAGAUAUAAGGAAAUUGAAUUGCUGCAGAAAAAUGAAAUUCAAGUCAUCUGAUCAAAAGAGGUCAUGUUCACUUGAUUUAAGCAAAAAGCACUCAAACAGUAGGGAUAUUCUUGAAAAGGUCAAAAGGCUGGAAAUACAUGGUCUUCCCAUUGUACAUCAUGAUGGAUACGUGUGUGAAUUUCCCUUUAAACAUAGAUUUGCGAUGAGAAAAUUCCAUGGAGUUUUACGAUAUCUCAGAACUGAUAAUGUGAUAUCAAUGAAACAGAUCUUUAAACCAACUGCUAUAGACCCAGAUUUGCUAAAACUUGUGCAUACUCCCAACUAUGUUGACCGAUUCCUUACUGGGAAAACAACAGUUGAAGAGCAGAGACUCACUGGAUUUAAAUGGAGUCUGGGAAUUGUAUCAAGAUGCAGAUUAGAAACAGGAGGAACACUUUUGGCGGGUCGAAUUGCUAUGGAGCAUGGGAUAGCAUGCAGCACAGGAGGUGGUACUCACCACGCCUUUCCUAGCCACGGGGCUGGGUAUUGCCUUUUGAAUGAUAUGGCGGUCACUGCUGCUGUUUUGUUUAAAGAGUGCCAAGUCCAAAAAGUCCUGAUUGUGGACCUGGAUGUUCAUCAGGGUGACGGCACAGCUUACAUCUUCAGCGACAGUUGUGCAAUUUUUACUUUCUCAAUGCACUGUGAAAAAAACUAUCCUUUAAAGAAACAGGCAAGCGACAUGGAUAUAGGGCUUAUAACGGGAAUUUCCGAUAAAGACUACUUAAACCACGUACAGUCCUAUCUCCCUUGGCUGCUGGACAGUUUUAGACCUGAUCUUGUUCUGUAUGAUGCUGGUGUUGACCCACAUGAAAAGGAUGAAUUAGGGAAGCUUAGUCUAACAGAUGAAGGUAAGACCUAG